CUCCCCGCCAGGGCCUAUAGCAUUUUGUAACGCUCUUGACCAGCAACAGGGCGGGUGUUUGGGCUUCAUGGAGACGUCAGCAAGGAGACUCUGUGGGCGGAACAGGAAGUCGGCAACGCACGUGUCUGCGUACGGGGAAGCCUUGUCCAGCUGCUCCGUUCCUGCUUUCGUAUCCCGGUUGGAGCCAUGAGUCGUCCCGUAACUUGUGUUGCCUGGGUGCCCCAAGGUGUUGCCAAGGAGACGCCCGACAAGGUACAACUUGACAAGGAAGAACUGAAGCGUUUAAUUACUGAAGCUAAAGAAAGAUUGGAGGCAGAGGAUGAGGGUGAGGAUGGAAAUGGACAAGAAGAAACCUCAGGUGCCAUGGAUGUUGUUGAUGGUGAGGUAGCCAACUCUGCUCCCAAAGAUGAGGAUACUGAUAAGCUAGAUGAUGAUGAAUUGGCAGAAUAUGACUUGGAUAACUAUGAUGAAGAAACUGCAGAUACUGAGAGCAUUGGAGAAAUCUUUGCAGGGCUUGCAGUAUAUGGAACUAAUGAAAAUGAUCCAUAUAUCACUAUUAAAGAUACUGAUCAAUAUGAGAAAGAAGACUUUGUGAUUAAGUCAAAUGACAGUCUUGUUGUAUGUGGCAGAGUUGAUAAGGACCACUGCAGCCUAGAAGUUCAUGUUUAUAAUCAUGAAGAAGAUUCCUUUUAUGUCCAUCAUGAUCUUAUUUUAUCUGCAUACCCCUUAAGUGUGGAAUGGAUGAACUUUGAUCCUAGUCCCAAUGAUUCUGCUGGAAAUUAUAUUGCUGUUGGCACAAUGAAUCCUGUUAUUGAAAUAUGGGAUCUUGACAUAGUGGACUCUUUAGAGCCAGUUUUUUCACUAGGACAUAAGGCGAAAGUAAAGAAAAAGAAACAAAAGAAGAGCUUAUCCAAAGAAGACCAUCAGGGGCAUACUGAUGCAGUGCUUGAUCUUUCAUGGAAUAAACAUCUCAGAUCUGUCUUGGCAAGCGCCUCAGCUGACCAUUCUGUAAUUCUUUGGGACAUGUCCAGGGGCACAACAGCAGCAACGCUUUCUCUUCACACAGACAAGGUGCAAACACUGCAGUUUCAUCCAUUUGAAACACAGACUCUCAUUUCUGGCUCUUAUGACAAAUCAGCCAUUUUAUAUGACUGCAGAAGUCCACAGGACAACCAUAGAACCUGGAGAUUUAGUGGACAAGUUGAAAGAGUGACUUGGAAUCAUUUUUCACCUCACCACUUCUUAGCUAGCACGGAAGAUGGAUUUGUAUACUGUCUUGAUGCUCGUUCCCAUAAACCAGUCUUCACAAUGAAAGCACAUGAUGAAGAAGUAUCUGGACUACAGUUAAGUAGCCAAAUCAAAGGAUGCCUUGUCACAACAUCAUCUGAUAAAUCUGUGAAAAUUUGGGACAUCCUAGGAAACAAGCCUUCUUUAGUCUAUUCCAGAGAUAUGAAAAUGGGUACCCUGUUUUGUGCAGCUUGCUGUCCAGAUCUGCCAUUUGUUUAUGCCUUUGGAGGAGAAAGGCAGGGACUACAACUCUGGGACAUAAGCACAAUUUCCACAGUGAAUGAUGUUUUUGGAACUCGACAGAGGCUAGCAGUUACCACAUCAAGUUCUGAAGCAAGUAAUUCUGCUAAUAGCAGUAGCAGCUGUGGAGGAGCUGUAAUGGAAUCAUGAAAUAAGCUUUUUUUAAAAUUAAAAUUCUAAGUAAGCCAUUUUUUUAACCUGCUUUUAAGAUCAUGUUACCAUGAAGUUAGGCCUUGAUCUUAAAAAUUUUCAGAGAUGUUAACCAGCUAGAAAUUGGAAUAUGCCAAAACACAAAAUCACUAGCAAUAAUAUAACAAAUUAAUCUUAAUUUAUUCAUUUGUAUUAAGAAAGAUUAAUUUAGGUAUUCUGAUGCAUGUAACAACUACUUAAAUUCUUUGACAUUGGUUAUUUGGUUUAAAAGCUACUAUUUAAAAACCAGUUUUCUGAGAAUCUAAAGGAAGCGCUCUAUAUUGUGGAAGGUUUAAAAUGUGUUAUUAUUAACCAGGAUUGGAUACCUUGUGAGAGCAUGAUUCUCUGAUUUUAUAUAUUAUAAUAAUAAUAACUUUAUUGUCAUUGUACGUGUAUACACUAUACCUAUACAACGAAAUUCACUUAACACCCAAAGACCACGUCCAACACACAUAACAAUCCCCAAACACACUCCCACCCACCACAAUUCCCCACCCCUAAACCACCCAAACAUCCACACAACAGACCAAGUAAUGCUAUCCAACAGCUCACUGAUGGUGGCCCUUUAGUUCAUUGUUGAGUGCGAUUUUAUUUAUAAAAUAGGCAUAUGCUAAUUAAUAAAAUCUAAUUGGCAUAAAUAAGCUAAGAUUAACAACAUUGGGUUUCUCUCCCCCCCCCCCCCAAUUUGUAUUUAAUUCUUGGAGAAUGCCUGGUUUUUCAGUAGUAGUUUGCCAUUGCCUCCUUCCUAGGACUCAGAGGUCACCCAUCUGGCUUCGUGCCCAAAGUGGGACUAGAAUUCAUGGUCUCCCAGUUUCUGAUGCCUGAAUUAUUACAUCAUGGCUCUCAUCUUUUUGAUUCAGACCAUUAAUUUAAUAUACUCCUACCUAGGAGAACUAUCAAUGUCAGCAUAUUAAUAUUGGCUGAAGAUCAUAAUGUAUAAACAAAUGGUUUAAUAAAGCAAAAAUGCUAUGGUGAAAAAACAAUUUCUACAUACUGGGGAAAAACUCAAAA